UAUAAUUCUUGCAUAAUUCAAUUUCAGGUCAGGAAAUACACACACUAGUAUGGAGUGCCAGAAUAAACCAGACGGAAAUUACCCAAUACCAAACCAGUGCAAGCAAUAUAUUCAGUGUCUUAAUGGAGUUGCUCAGAUAAACACUUGUCCACCUCACCAGAAUUAUGAUCCAGCGUUGCAUACUUGCAUACCGGAAGUGUCCUACCCAUGUCAAAUAACGCCCACUACUCCAGCAACAAAUAUCAAAACCCCAGGGCACGACAUAUCUAACUUUUGUAAGUUCAGAUCAGAUGGACUUUAUGACAGUCCAAAUGCAUGCAAGGAAUAUAUCUAUUGUGCUAGUGGAAAAGCCAAUCUAAUGUUUUGUGGACAAGGACUAUAUUUUGACCCCAAGUUGAAAUAUUGCUUCUUCAAAGAUCAAGUACAGUGUAUAGAUUCCACAGUGAACCCACAUAAUUUCUGUGCCAAUAAACCUGACGGUUUCUAUGCUCACCCAAACGAGUGCCACAAAUACUAUAUCUGCAGCCGUGGGGUUACUACUAAAAUGACCUGUUUGAACGGACAAAUUUUUGAAAAUAACCACUGUCAAGUUUCAAAUAAAAUUUGUUAAUUUUU